GAGUGAUUAAUGUCUCUGGGUUUUUCAACUCUAGAUUUGAUAUCGUUGGUUAUGGCUGUAUGACGUGUAUUGGUAACAGUGGUCCAUUACCCGAGCCUGUUGGAAAGGCCAUUGAACAAGUUAGUCUCUCGUGAUUCUUUAAAAUAAUGAUAGUGCAAACCAGGCUUUAAAUAAAAAACUACUUCAUUUACAAUGACUCGAAAGAAAACCAGACACAGCGCAAAACAUGUGCAACCACAAGCGCGAAAACAUAGUACUUUUGAAUAAAUACCAAGGCUUACGAUUCCGAACAUAGAAAGCAAUAAUCUAACUUCGUUUGGCACGGCAAUAAAAUAAAACAAAUCUCAUCGAGAUCUAGAAUCAUUAUAUUCCCAAACAUUUUCCUUAGGGCUCACAAGGCACUGUGAUUGGAAAAGCCAUUCAACAAGUUAGUUCUUAUCAUUUUUACCUCCGUCAUGUUUAACAGGGCGAUAAUUCUUUGCAGGGGGGGGGGCGGAGGCGGUCGGUAGACCUGGAGGCUGGAGACAUGUGCCAACAACAACUAUUUAGGACAAAAUUUAUAUCGGUGGUUGUUGAAAAAGAGCUACUGUGGCAUAGGGCGCUUUUAGAGCUGUUACAGUAUACACAUUGAGAAGAUCGAUUUUUUUAAAAAAGUUAAGAAUUUCAAUCGUUCGACCACAGUUGGAAAGCAAAAUAUGGCGGAGAGGGGGGACAGCAACACCUACCCCUCCCCAAGGUGGGUGGGGAUGCGUCCCCCAUACCUAAUGGAAUCAUGUGUUAAUAUUUUGUUCCAUUUGGUUAUUAUUUUCAGGGUGAUUUGGUAGCUGUUGGUGUUCUAUCAGGCAACAGAAAUUUCGAAGGACGUAUUCACCCGUUAACACGUGCAAACUAUCUCGCUUCCCCACCUUUGGUCAUUGCAUACGCCAUUGCUGGAACCGUCGACAUCGAUUUUGAAAAACAACCUUUGGGUACGGAAAUACAAGUUUAAAUUCAAUAAUUCAAUUUGAAAUUCAAUAAUUCAACUUGACUUUCAAAUUAAUUUUAAGUUCAGUUUCGGAUUCAAACUCGAAUUCCAUUUCAAAUUCCACUUCAAAUUUCAUUUCAAAUUAUUAAACACGCAGACAUAUAUAUGAAUUUUAUAUUAUUAUCGUCAACAAAGCAUUACGAGGCGAUUUUUUUCUACGUGCGAUGAAAUUUAGCUUUAUUCUCUAGUUUAUACAGUUAGCUACCUUUUAAAUGCAUUUGCCGGUUGAAAACAUAAAAUGAUAGGGAAAAAUUGUCAAUUAAAAUACAAUUAUCAAUGAUGCUUUAAAAGUGUCGCCAUAUUUGCAGCAAUAUAAGCAAAACGUACUGAACUUUAGGUAUAAUUUCCUCUUUGGCUCACCAUCUAAAAUCUCUUUAUUUUAGCAUUAUUUUACAGAUAAAGCACUAAACAUACUUCUUAAGUUUGUUUGCCGAUUGAGAAACGUAUCGAAAAAUAAAAGUUUUCAAGUUAGUCAUACUCCAUAUUAAGUAGUAUGGUAAACUCAUUACUUUAAUUUGAGCGCCUGUUACGUAACAUACAAAAAGUCAUCUCCCAAAUGAUUUCACAUGAACACAUUUCCUUUUCUUCCACCGUAAAACCAGGUAUUGGCAAAGAUGGCAAAGAGAUAUUUUUAAGAGACAUUUGGCCUACUCGUGAACAGAUACAGGUAUGAUUAGUUUCAAAGAGCCAAAGUAUUUCGCUUUCCAUUAAACAAUUAUUUAAUAUGACAUUUAUACUGCUAUUUAAUAUGCUUUUUUCCUGUUGUUCUUCGCGUAGGAGGUCGAAAGAAAAUUCGUCAUCCCAGCUAUGUUUAAAGAGGUCUAUGCAAAAAUCACGGUAAUUUAUGUGAAAAGCUUUUACUCUAUACAUUUCGUGACUUAUACCGAAUAGCAACAGUUCAGUUUUCAACUGUUUUCCUUAAAUGUUCUAGUUUUCUAAAUGUUCUUUAGUUGUAUUCUGAAUGCUGAUAUUUUUUGUAUACCUCUAGGAUGGUAACUCGAACUGGAAUUCCUUAGAAGCUCCCGACACCUUACUCUAUCCUUGGGAUGAGAAAUCUACUUACAUAAAAAGUCCGCCUUUCUUUGAUGAUAUGGUAAAAUUCCUUUCUCUCCUAUUUACUAUACGAUUCGUUUAUUCAUAUUGGACGUCUCUGAUCCUGUGCUGUUAAGGUGUGAUUCCUGAUAUGAUGGUCUGGAAGCCAGGCAAACUUCAAAGUCGCCACAAAAUAGAAGAGCUUUGUUUGAUGUUGAGCUGUACCUCACCGUGCGCAAAUCCUUUGUUUCAACUUCAUUAAAUAUUACUCAUCGUGGUUGCACGUUUCAUCUCAGCAUCCCUAUUGGACGAUUACUUCAUUAUACGAAAAUACAAUGAGCUCAAUCACCGUGACCGUGCACAAAUUAACAUAAACUCCGACAAAAACAUAAUACGAUGACUUCUGUUCAGUUUCCAGACCCGAUCGUAUCUUGAGAUAGACUCUGGUCUCAGCAACCGGAAUUCUGAUUCAAGCGGGUGUCACCGGGACAAUAUACUGACACUUCUUAGAUUCUGAGCUGGUUUACAUUCUAUAAUCAUUUCUACAGAAAUGUUUGAGGGAAGCUCACUCACACUCAGUGAGUGGAGGUUCAAUCUGAGCUUCUCUUGAGUGUCAAUGCUGUUUUUAAAUAGCUGGAUGGUGAGUAGUCACGCAGUAAGGUACGACAGUAACCCUCCAAUUAUUCAAAAAAAGAAAUAACACUUGAGAGAAGCUCAGAUUGAACUUUCACUUAUUGAGUGUGAGUGAGCUUUUAGAAUACGGGUAACGUUAGUGUUAAACAAUUACUGAGUCAGUUCCUUCAAACAUUUCUUACAAAUUCUUCAAAAUUCAUGUGCAAAAUUUCUACUGUGAUCACAGAAACUUUGAUAGUGUCAACCAGUCUUCAAUCGUUGCAAACAGUCACUUGUCUUAUUGUGUUUUGUCUUAUUCCAGACGACCAGCCUUCCAGAGAUGAAGAACGUUGCGAAUGCGGCCGUAUUACUGAAUCUUGGAGAUUCCGUCACGACUGAUCACAUUUCUCCAGCUGGUAGUAUCUCUAGAACCAGUCCUGCCGCGCGUUAUUUAUCCGCGAGAGGGUAAGGAAACUGGGCACGAGUAUACGUGCACAUAAUUUUCUAAAUAUAUGUAGGAGGCUCGAUACCGAAUGUUGUUUUUUCAAGAGUCCAACGUGGAUUAAAGUUAACAUGCUUGGACUUUGUGAAUGAGAAUUUUGGAACCAUGCAAGUUUCCUGAUGCUAGGCAACACUGCCUGUGAAGUGUUUAAGGAUUUGAAAAGUCUAUUAGUUUCUCUUCUUGAAAAUUGCCGUGAUGAUUACGCCAAAUUACCUACUUGAUAUUAACAAUAUUUUUGACAACGUGAAUGCCUGUAACUUCAUGAAACUGACACCCCUUACUCCUAUACUGUGAUCUCAUACAAAACAACAUAAGGCAAUUCCAGCUACAGUCUAAAUUUUGAUCUCGACAAGAAGAACAAAAUCCACCACAGCUAGAAAGAGCAUGUUAAAAUUAGUAAAAAUAAGUAAAAGAGCACGUUAAAAUUAGUCCGCGAAAUGUUGUAAAAUGCGGAAAUAUAUAGCCCUGCGAAAAUUGCAAAUUUUGUAUUAGUUUGUAUUACGCGCGGGAAAAUGCACCACAUUUGGGCCGAAAGUCGUGCAUUUUCCCGUGCGUAAUACAAAUUAGUACAAAAUUUGCAAAUUUGGUAGGGCUAUAUUUUCCUUAUAUUUUACGACAUUUCGCAACCAAACAUUGCAAUUUUACUCAUUUUGACAUGCUCUUUCUAGCCCGCGUGCAGGCCCAAGGGAACUGAUAGUGGGCCUGCAAGCAAGGCCCGGUAUUUUGUAAAACGCCCCUUUUCAUAACACGCCCCAUUCGCGCGUCAAUUGUCAAAAAAGAACCAAUGACAGCACCCAAAUAUUAACAAACAAACUCGCAUUAAAAUGUUGCGGGGUUUUCUCUGCUUAUUGAGAACAUAAGCAAUGUGUAAAUGGCUGCGUUUUAACUCCAAAAAAGCAAGCAACGCAGUCAGUAAUUGCCAAAUUUGCAAGUGCUCAUUUUCAACUAAAAUCGGAACAGGCAAAUUAGGACGAAUUUCAACAGAAAACCAGUCUCAAACUUCAAAUCGUGAGGGAAGUCGUGCGACCACAUUAGCAUUUAUAAUAUAAUGUGUGCUUCGCUGUUGCCAUUGUUAUAAAUAAAUUGUCUCACUUAUCAGAUCAUGUGUGCAAUUCUUGUUGGCGGCGGAAAGUACGAAAUUUAUUUCAGUUAUUUCAUUUGGUAAAGAACUCUACAAAAGAAGAGAGCGUUCAGAGUCCAGAUCGUUUCGUUUCAAACGGCAAUUUUAAUAAUACCGUCUUCUGUUUCGUUCUCUCAGCGAAGCCUUGUAAAUCGCAAAGUGUUUCGAACAGGCUUACAUGCAACUGCAUCUCAACAUCAACCAAAAGAUAAUUUUCUUGAGGAACAUAUAACGUAUCAAGUUUGUUUGAAAUUAAUGAAACUCAAGUAAAGGUUACUAUAGUUUACCCCAGUCGUAAUGAGUGCUAUUCCAACACCUCACGACAAGCAAUCCCCAUUGGCAUAACGGCAAAAACAUCUCUUCCUUCAAGUAAACAAUAAACAGUCUGUUCUUGUUCCAUUUAUAAUCGAAAAAAGUGAUCAAUUUUCGAAUUUUAAGCUUAUCGAGAGCGUUACGAGAGCGUUUGUGAUGAAUCACUUAUCUAAUUAUAGAAUCUAACAGCAAACAGCCAAUCAGAAUGCCGCGUUCGUGGGCGAACGCGGAAAGUACAAAAUACCGGGCCUUGCUUGCAGGCCCACUAUCAAGUUCCCUUGAGCCUGCUCCCUUGGGCCUGCACGCGGGCUAUGCUCUUUCUAGCUGUGGUGAUGGAUUUUGUUGUUCUUGCCUAGAUCAAAAUUUAGUCUCUAGCUUGAGUCAUCAAUUGGAAGGGAACUUUCAUUUUGACGUAUUUAACAAAAUCAUGUUACAUUCUUCCAGGCUCGUUCCACGCCAGUUCAACUCGUAUGGCUCACGAAGAGGAAACGAUGCCGUCAUGGCACGUGGUACAUUUGCUAACAUACGAUUGGUUAACAAGUUUAUAGGAAAAGCAGGACCAAAGACGAUUCACAUCCCGUCCAAUGAGGAGGUACAAUUUAUUCGUUUCAGUAUGCUGUCCUAGGCCACAGAUUAAGUACAUACCAGAUGUGUAAUUUCAUAGGACUUCCUGUCCUCAAAUUUCCCUACGCUGUACACGUUAUAAUCUACACACGUAAAAACGCACAAGUUGUAACGAACCUGCAGCAGACUUGUAGCAAUGCUGUUCAAAAAAUUGUCAGCAGGAUGUGUUCGCACUGCUUGUUCCCAACUUGUUGACAAGUUGUCAACGGUUGUUGACAACUUGCUACAGGGUUGUUGAGCUCAAAAGACUUGUUACAAGUUGUUCCAACAAAUUGUAAUCGUCCUGCAAUUCAACAAUUUGUCAGCAAGUUGUGAGUGACAACCUUGUAGCAACUUGAUAAAAUAACAGCAUUGUUACAACUUGUUGAGUCUGUUGACAAGCUUGCUACAAGCCUGUUGCGAACACAUCUUGUUGACAAGUUGUGAGAUUUUUACGUGUGUAGAUGAACAAUACAAAUAAAUACUAUAUAACGUUUUGAUGACAAAUGUUCUUUUUCCUCAGAUGGCUAUAUUUGAUGCUGCUGAGAAAUAUCGCGCCGAAGGACGUUCAUUAAUUAUCUUGGCCGGAAAGGAUUAUGGAUCUGGCUCAUCACGUGACUGGGCAGCUAAAGGUCCCUGGAUCUUGGUAAGCAUUCGGUUUAAGACUUGGUGGCGUAGUACCUUUCAUCUUAGCCUGAGUGUCCGGCUUUAUUUUACAAACCCGCAUUUAAGGAACAAGUACGGGAAAAUGUUCAUUCCGCCUGCUGGACCGAGCCGAUUGACUUCAGAGCGGCAUGAAUUCAGACUGGGAUGAAUGUAAACACAAAUACAUUUCAGACCGGUCUCGGCUGUAACCUUGACAUUGGAACAACACAUGCCAACAAGAAAAGCCAUAUCUAAAAAAGAAAAUUGCCUGGCAAGGGGAAUAAAUUGAAAAUUUUGUGAUUUUCGUACCGGUCUCAUGUAAACAUGUUGAUAAUUUCAAUUUUCAUUCCGGUUUGUAAAUGGGGCCUGAAAUGCCAUAUAAUUUACUUAUUGUUUACAAAAGAGUUUUGCAAGUCCAGAUUGUGUGAUGCUGAGAUUGAAAUUUAUCACACUGUGCGUCACCAUGACAGUUGCAGCCACGGUUUGUGGCUAUAACAUACGUCGGUUUUGGCAUACCUUUAUAGCCACGGUAUAUAUCCACCGCAUUCUUGAGUUAAGGACAGUGUUGCAAUUCUUGGGUUUCAUUACGGCAUUUUGCAGUGAAUCUAACUGAUGUCAACCUAAAAUGUAUUGAUGCUUAUGCUGUACUGGAAUGAGCAAAUAAUACGAAAUUGCAUGCAUUUGCCACCAAACACUCUGAUGACUCUGAUGACUGUGCCUCGAUUUAGAGUUGACCCUCCGUCAAAUUUAUGACGUCAUAUGAAACCCAAGAAUACCCCUACAUUGCAGUGUUGGAAUAGUUCAAAUAUCCUAUAUUAUAUACAAUUUUUAGGGUAUCAAAGCAGUGAUUGCUGAAAGUUACGAGAGAAUUCAUCGCAGUAAUUUGGUCGGUAUGGGUAUUAUCCCACUUCAGUACUUGCCCGAGCAGAACGCAGAGAGCCUGGGUCUAACCGGAAAAGAGGGCUAUUCCAUCGAAUUACCACAUGAUCUGAAAACUGGACAAACGCUGCAAGUUAAGGUAAAGGCAUUUGCAGAGGUGAAAAAGAUAUCGGAACCUGGGAACCUAGUUCUCAGAAAUGUUUGGGGAUCUACAUUUUUGCAGAAAUUUACACAGACAUUUUUUUAUGUUUAUUGCACUAUUUAAAUUGAAUAUCAAAAUUAUUGAAAUGAUCGAAAACUUAAGUAAUCCACUAACUUGAUACCUAAAUUAAAGCGGAACAGUUGAUAACGAAAAUAUUCAUAUAGCCUGCAGUAGGAAAUUUGUUUUUAACCCUCCUGUAAGACCAUUAUGACUACUUCAGGAUUUAUUGUGUAUGCCCUAUCAGUCCUAAAAGAUUCAUUGCUUCACACGACAACACAUGAACAUAAGAUCUGUGGAAGAUAAAGAAAACCCACAAACAACAAUUUUGGUAUUUUCCCCUUUAUAUUGUAGUCAUUUGCACAACAUUUUGAACCCUAACCCACGUUCCAGAAAGGAAAUAGAAAUUCCACUAGCAUAGAAUUUUUCACGUUUUAUCGCUUCAAACUGAACGACCGUUUCUGUAUUGUCACCAAGAUUUUUGUCCUUUUAGUUGGAUAACAACAAGAGCUUUGACGUCAAAGUGCGUUUUGAUACAGACGUCGAGCUAACGUUCUUUAAAAAUGGUGGAAUAUUGAACUACAUGAUAAGAAGAAUGGCCUGCAGUUGAGAAGAUAUAAAUUGACUUGGAUGGUAUAUAGCUGAGUUUCACUAACACUGCAGUCAUAUCUGAAGGCCCGUUCAACACCAUCCAACAUUUGUUGGUCCAACGUGAACUUCAUGAGUCGAAACUGGUCCAACAUUACCCAACAUAUAAUGUGAAAACAGACUGUGUUUGUGUCACUUUGUGGUAAUCUUCAACACAAAUGACAAAACCUAAGGUUUUUAAAGUUUUUUUUUGCUUCCUAAAACGAGCGUUAGGCGAGACUUUUUUUAUUUAUUGGUUUACGGAUUUUACUUGAAAAAAAAACCCAGGUCGGUAAGUCGGAAAAAAACUAAAAAAAAACAUUGUUUUCCAAGAUUGUCACAACGAUAACAUGAGCGGGUAGUACUUGGAGUCAAAGUUUACUUGGCGUGUACUUCAUGUCAGAACCCCAAAUUAACUAAAAUCAACUAUAAUCGUAAAAUUUUUGACAUCCAAAUUUUUUUUUAUUUUUCACUUUCUGAAUAUUUACGGUCGGCGGAUCCGUAAAACCAAUGAAUAAAAAAAGUCUCGCCUUAUGAUGCAAACAAAAGACCGGCAAAAUUAGUUAUACUAAUUUUCAGGUGACGUUCCGUGUUGAUAAAAACGUCGCUCCCUGCUAAAGCUCACUAAUAGGGAGUUUAAGCUUUACGUUUCCGGGAACGGCAAACGGCAGGUUCGAAUUUUCUUGGCAAAAUUUUCGUUGAACGUUUUCGUUUCAUAUUUUCUUUCUUGUGUCGAAAGAAUGAUUAUGUAUUUCAGUUUUAAAACGGCAAGUUCAUUUACUCUUUAUUGCCUGAUACCGUAAAAUUUUUCUUUGCCUGCCGUUUGACGUAUAACGCAAGGCUUACGCCCGUAUUCUAAAAGCUCACUCACACUCAAUGAGUGGAGGUUCAAUCUGAGCUUCUCUUGAUUGCCAAUGCUGUUUUUGAAUAGCUGGAGGGUGAGUAGUCACAUAGUAAGGUAUGACACUAACCCUCCAGCUAGUCCAAAACAGCAUUGACAAUCAAGAGAAGCUCAGAUUGAACCUCCACUCAUUGAAUGUGAGUGUGAGUGAGCUUUUAGAAUACGGGCGUUAAACUCUCUAAUAUGUUCUGGCCACGAAGCGCCUUCUCUCGAAACGUGGAAGUUCUUGUAUUUUUCAGAGAUUUGUAUCCCUAUCAAUCCGAAGCUUUCUUAAUGUUGGAUCAAUGUUGAGCUGGUUUGAAUGAGCCUUACAAGGAUUAUAAGGCAGACCAUUAGAAAAGUGAAGGGAGGAGGGGGGGGGGGGGGGGGGAGAGAGAAGUUCAUACAAACAAAAUUUGAAAAAUCCAUACAGCCAUGAGAUGGCAAAAAAUAUAUAUCACAACACGAAAAAAAUAACAUGCACACCAAGCGAAUCGUAAGAAUAUCCAUGCACGACAGAAACUCUUCCCGCCUCUCCUCCACCCGUUGACUUUUCUAAUGGUCCGUUUCCAACGCUUGUAUUCUAAAAACUCACUCACACUCAAAGAGUGGAGGUUCAUUCUCCGCUUCUCUUGUGUGCCAGUGCUGUUUUUGAAUAGCUGGAGGGUGAGUGGUCACAUAGUAAGGUGCGAGACUAACCCUCCAGCUAUUCAAAAACAGCACUGACACUCGAGGAAAGUUCAGAUUGAAACUCCACUCUUUGAGUGCGAGUGAGCUUUUAGAAUACAGGAGUAAAUGUACAUGUAGCUCAGCCUAUUAGCUUGAAGCUAGUCAAACGUGAUUGGGUGUAUAAAUUAAUUAAUUAAAAUCUUUCUUUUGGUGACAAACAUG